AUGGAGAGGAUCCGGGUCGUCUAUACGCCCCGAUACAGCAACGGGAGCAACGGGUCGGUGUACUGCAGAGAAGGGGAGACGUACAGCGAUGUGGUGAAGCCGGAUGACGUCAUGCUGACGCCGGACUACACCACAACGGUGGCAGGUGCAAGCGGGGACCGGGCCAACAACCUUAUCCGCACAUGGGCCAACUCGGGGUUCUACAACAGGCUGUGCGAGUUCGCGGCAGCCGCCCACAAGGCAUUCACGGAAGGUUUCGGAGUGGAAAUCGGACGGAAGGCCCUGUUCCGGUUGGACGUGGUCGCUUUUUUUCCGAAAAAGCACCGGGACGGGGACUUUUUUUGCGUCCUCGAUACAGCCAAACCCCUGCUUUUACUGAACGAGGUGGAUUGUGUGGGAUGUGCGUCGCUGUAUGUAGAUUUCUUUGAUCCGGGCCGGGACGAUCUUGCCUGCGGCACUUCGCGGAUGCAGCACCGGGUGGACCCGGACGUCAGCUUCCAGAAACGGAAGCCGUACAGUGAGGCUUGUAUAUGGAGAGGGGGCAGCCCGGGGGGUGGGAGACUAAGCAAAAAGUGA